GUUUGAGCCGCUAGGGCCGCCAUAGACUGGCUGGCAAGAGGGGGAGCAGGUUUGCCGUGUUUAUAUGGGCGGUGUACGGCGAAGACUCGCCCGGGAUCCUGCGAACCACACUGGCGGUGACAAUCCGGGCUCGACCCGCACAGAGGCACCGGCAGCGGGACACGCAGUGACAGCGGGGCCGGGGAGGAGAAAGCGGCGGCUGCUUCAAUCCUGGAGAUACAGUAACGCAUUUUUACCAAGAAAAAAAAAAAAAAAAAAACUAAGGCCAUUUAAACUGCUGUUCAAACUCCUAGCACUUGGUCAAACUGGUUAAGCACACGACACCGCGUUGCUGGUGUUUAUGUUUGGGGCUGAAGCAAAGUACAAUAGAAUAUGUUCUUGCGGUUGUUAGACAAAUUUUAAUAGUUUUAUAAUUUUUCGUUUAUAAACAUGCCGUGCCAGGGAACGCAUGUGUUCACGGUUGGUUAGUAUCUAAGAUUCGGUUAAGGAGCGGACUGUAAACUUGCUGUACAGUAAUAAUGUUGCCAUGGAUACUCGUAUGAUGACGAUGGCCUAGCUGGUAUUUAUUAUUAUUAUUGUUAUUAUUAUUAUUAUUAUUAUUAUUAUUAAUUUACCGUUCAAAGCUUUACACAGUAGAUUAUUAUUAUCAAUUGUAUUCAUGAAGCAGUAAUAUGCUAGCCCCGGGGGUAAUUCCAUUCUCACGACAGGACUGUAUUGCGCGCCCAGUGUACGACAGCAAUAUUGCAAGGCAUGCUAGUGAUAAUAACAUCGGCGGCCAGUCACCAUCAGCUGCUCAAACAAACAGAAGCUGCGGAGAGCUGGAGCAGGAAGAUCGGGAGCAAGAACGCAUAACAAUAAAUCAACCGAGACAUGCAGGAGAAUGGGACCUGAAUAGAGCUGCAUUAAAGCAAGCGUGUGCGGGAUGAGCGUGUUUUUAUUAUCGGCAAACGACAAAGAAGAAAUAACCAAAUACAGUGAGAGAGAGGAUCAGACAGGAUUGGGGUUCCGGCAGUGUGUCUCAUAUACUCGGACUGGAGUAGUAGCGAGUGAGGCAGGCAGCAGCGUUUGGAUGCGGUAUAAUCUGCAUGGUGCGCGCGUUUUAUCCAAGUGACACCACUCAACGGAGAGGAAACGAUUGGGUAUUUUUUUUUUUUUUUUUUUUUUUGUGGCACCUGAUCAGGUGUAUAAAUCAGAGGACGUCAUGUAAAAAACGCGACCCGCUCCUGUUGAGAGAGAGAGAGAGAGAGAGAGAGAUGGAGAUGGAGAUGGAGAUGGAGAUGGAGGAAGGAUAGUUUUAGCAGAUCCCAAGCCCACAGUUUGAUAUCGUGGCUGAGAUACUGAUUUCACUGACAAUCAAGGGACACGCGAACGAAUUGAUAACACAGAGAGAGGACAGCGCGCUGCUACGGUUCAAAGCAAUCAGUGCAGAAGUGCUGACGAAUGCACGAAGGAUUUUAAACAGACAGUUCCUACCAUGGCGAGAUUUUUCCCAAUUCGGAAUUUUGACGCAAAGCCUAUGCCGUGACAGACAGUCAAGACAUGAUGUAAGGGAGAAGAAAAGGACACGUUCAUUAUUUAUUUAUGUUUUUUGCAAACGCAGAAGGCACGGUGCCUGGCUGUGGAUUUUUAUUAGAAUAAUUAUUAAUCUCUCUCUCACUCGUCCACGGACCUGCGACCGCAGUAUUCACUUCGUUUCUUGCCAUAUGUUCAUUGUGGUCAAGCAUGGAGACCAUUCUUCUUCACCCUCGCCAGCCUGGAGAAUAGUAAAAGAGACACCGAGCGAACAGAUUCAUGUGGCAGGCACAGCUGUGUGCAUGCUUGGGUGUUUGCAUGCUUGCUUGUGUGCAGAAACCCUGCAGGCGGAGAGAUCAAUGAGAGCGUCAUUGUUUUGAACAUUCUGAACAACCCCAUCGCUGACACAUACAUGGGAAAUAUAGAGAUCGCAUUUUAUUAUCUUUAUAAUUAUUAUUAUUAUUAAAAACAUUUUAUUUGAAUUGAUUUGUUUUGUUUAGUCGCCGGAUUCGCCUACAGGUUUUUUUUUUUUUUUUUUCAAAAUGACUGUGGAAGGCUCAACUAUAAAGAGCCGGAUUAAAAACCUGCUCCGGUCUCCUUCCAUCAGACUCAGGAGGAACAAAGCCGGCAGCAACAAGGAGAGCCUCGGCAGUAAAGUGACCCUAGAGAAGGUGCUCGGCAUCACUGCCUCAGGGAGCAGUGGACUGGCUUGUGACCCUCGAACUGGACUGGUGGCGUAUCCUGCAGGGUGUGUGAUCGUGCUGCUGAAUCCCAAGAAGAACAAGCAGCAUCACAUUCUCAACAGGAAAACAAUCACAGCUCUGGCUUUCUCUCCCGAUGGCAAGUACCUGGUCACUGGAGAGAGCGGUCACAUGCCUGCGGUGCGGGUGUGGGAGGUGUCGGAGCGCUCUCAGGUCUCAGAGCUGCAGGAGCACAAGUAUGGCGUGGCCUGCGUGGCCUUCUCCCCCAACAGCAAGUACAUCGUCAGCGUGGGCUACCAACACGACAUGAGCGUCAACGUGUGGGCAUGGAAGAAGAACGUGGUCGUGGCGUCUAACAAGGUCUCCAGCAAGGUGACAGGUGUGUCCUUCUCUGAAGACUCCUCCUACUUCGUCACCGCCGGCAACCGGCACGUCAAGUUCUGGUACCUGGACCACGCCAAGUCCUCCAAGGUGAAUGCCACGCUGCCUCUGCUGGGCCGCUCCGGGCUGCUCGGAGAGCUGCGUAAUAACUUCUUCAUGGCGGUGGCAUGCGGGCGCGGGCGCAAGGCGGGCAGCACGUUCUGCAUCACCUCGGCCGGGAGGCUCUGCGAAUUCAACGACAAGCGACUGCUGGACAAGUGGGUAGAGCUGAGGAAUACAGACGGUAUAACAACGACUCUGGCCUCCUCCCUGUCGGUGAGUGAGGAGUUGGUUUUCUGUGGCUGCUCAGAUGGGACGGUGCGCGCCUUCAAUCCCAUCAACCUUCACUUCAUCUGCACCCUGCCCAGACCCCACAGCUUGGGCACCGACAUCGCUACUGUCACCGAGGCCAGCCACCUGUUCUCCCCUGACCCGGAGGCGCGGUACCCCGAUGCUGUGGCUGUGACCUAUGACCCUGCGAGUCGCUGGCUGUCCUGCAUGUACAGUGACCACAGCCUGUACGUGUGGGACGUGAGGGAGCCACGCAAAGUAGGCAAGGUCUACUCAGCACUCUACCACGCGGGCUGUGUGUGGAGCGUGGAGGUGUACCCCGAGGUGUGUGACAGCUCUCUCUCCUGCCUGUCUCCCGGCUCUUUCCUCACCUGCUCCUCCGACAACACGCUGCGGCUCUGGAACAUGGAUGUGCCGGGCGCCGCACUGACACGCAACGUGCUGAGCAAUGAUCUUCAGAAGAUUUUGUACAUGGACAAUAACACUGCCACCCUGGUGGACUGUGAGAGCAGUGCAGCGGGGAGUGCAGAGAAGCCCUCAGAUUCCCAAUCCAACGACACCAAGAAUGGGAUUAGAACCCUGUGUGUGAGUCCAGACGGGCAGCACCUGGCAUCAGGGGACCGCAGCGGCACCCUCAGGGUCCACGAGCUGCACUCCAUGGUGGAGAUCCUGAAGGUUGAGGCCCACGACUCUGAGAUACUUUGCCUGGAGUACUCCAAACCAGAGACUGGCUUGUCUCUGCUGGCCACGGCGAGUCGGGACCGGUUGAUCCACGUUCUGGACGCUGGGCAGGAAUACCGUCUGCUACAGACCCUCGACGAGCACUCCUCCUCCAUCACUGCGGUCAGGUUCGCUGCAAACGAGGACAAGGUGCGGAUGAUCAGCUGUGGAGCCGAUAAGAGCAUCUACUUCCGCACUGCCCAGCAGAUGGCAGAGGGCACGCGCUUCACCCGCACUCACCACAUCGUGCGCAAGACCACCCUGUACGACAUGGACGUGGACCCCAGCCGCAAGUAUGCUGCCGUGGGCUGCCAGGACCGCAGCAUCCGGAUAUUCAACAUCAGCAACGGGAAGCAGAAGAAGCUGUAUAAGGGGUCCCAGGGAGAGGACGGGACCCUCAUCAAGGUGCAGACAGACCCCUCCGGGCUCUAUAUCGCCACCAGCUGUUCAGAUAAGAACCUGAGCAUCUUCGAUUUCUACUCUGGCGAGUGCGUGGCCACCAUGUUUGGACACUCAGAGAUUGUGACGGGGAUGAAAUUCACCAACGACUGCAAGCACCUGAUCUCAGCCUCGGGAGACAGCUGUAUCUUCAUCUGGCGUUUGAACCCUGAGCUGACCAUCAGGAUGAGGCAGAGGCUGUCAGAGCUGAAACAGAAAGGCAAGCCAGCCCAGAAAACACCCCCGCGAAAACACUCCACUCUGAGACGCGACACAUUCAGCACCCCCCCGCCCGUUACCAUGUCCUCUGACAGCGACAAGGAAGUGGAGGAUGAUGGGAUGGAGGAGGAGGAGCAGCAGGGGGUUCCGGACGAGGGCCGAGCUGCACAGGAGCCCCCCCUGUACUCCACCCCCCCUCGGCCCCGCCGCCGUUGGUGUCACCGUGGAAACAGCGCGGAGCUCACUGUGAAGUCUAUGCUGGACCUGCGGCAGCUCGACACACUGAGCCUUGAGCAGGGAGGAGCGGGGAGCACAGCCAGCCUGCUCACCAUCGGAGCAGAGGUUGAGGAGUCCUGUUUGAGGUUCCCUCUUACGUACCUGCGCCCCCACUCCAUCCAGCUGACCCCCUUCAGAGAGGAGGGAGUGCACCUCGAGAGUGAGGAGCCCGUGCUGUACCCCGACAGAGCCCAGGACAGUGUCAGCCUGGCCGGGAGUGAGUACCAGGUGAAGGAGCUGCCCCAGGGGAAGCUGGGACGGGGUUACCCAGGUAACGGUUGCCAUGACAAGCACAGCCCAGACAGUGCCUGCUCAAUGGACUACUGUAGCAGCCGCCUGUCCAGCCCUGAACGGCCCAGAGAGGACUCGGAGGUGACAGAGCCGCUCAGUGUGGACGGGCACUCCUCUGAGGGGGAGGAGGUAGAUGAAGAGGAGGAGGAGUUUGCAGGGAGUGUGUCAGAGGGGGCGGUACCAACCACGCCCGAUCAGGAAGCAUUCCUCAAACAGCACUUUGAGACACUCGCCGAACUGACCAGUGCAGAAGGUGUGUGCAGAGCAGCCAGCAGCACAGAGAAUCUCAGCAUCUCAUCCCGCUUCCUGUGCCAGACCUCCACCAACAGGAGGCCGUUUCCUUUUCCCAGCCGGAGCACCCCCGAAGUGAACUCCCAGAAUGGAGGGGGGCUGCGGCUCCCAGUGUCAAAGGUCAAGCCGCUCAUGGAGGGGGGGCUGCGGGGGGUCCCCGAGGGCCAGCCUGCCCAGGACCCCCGUCCUCGCCUCCCUUUCGCUCAGAAGAAGCGUAACCCCGCCGCUGAGGGUCGCAGGGGGAACGGCAACACAGCGAGAGGGCAGGGGGCCUCGGCCAGAGAGCAGAGUGCAGCCUCCACCAUGAGGAAGUGUCAUUCAGUGCACAACCUGGCAAUUGACGCUGAUCAGCCGCUGGCUUUGGCCAGUCCCUCCAAGGAGCUCCAGACACCCCCACUCUCCCUCCCCCAGCCGGGUGACAGAGACAGAGAGACGCGUCCCCAGGCCCUUCGGCGCUCCCUCCCCACCGUCCCCACCUCCCCGCUGGGCAAGGACAGCCCCUGCCAGCCCCGGGCCUGGAAGCCACGAUCCUACAUGAAUCCUACCACCAGCUCCAUGGCAAAGAUGUCCCGCUCCGUCUCCAUGGGGGACAGUCUGAACCUAAGUGAGGCAGGGGACCCCAGCGGCCCUGCCCCUGCCCUGGCCUCUUCUACCUCUCCCUCCCCUCCCUCCUCUACCUCUUCCUCUCCUGCCCCUUCUCUCUCCUUUCCCUCCUCUGCCUCUUCUACCGCCUCUCCCUCUGCCCCCACUCUCACUGUCUCCUGUCCCGCUGUCCCUUCUCACUCCCCCUCUCCUACCUCCUCUAUGUCCCCUCUCUCUGUUCCCUCUCGCUUUCUCUCCCAUACCUCCUCUGCUACACCCCCUUCCCCUGCAUCCUCCGCCCCACUUCCUCCCCCUCCUUCCUCUACCUCCUCCAGAUCAAGCUCUGUCCAAGACCAGGAGAAGCAAGCCCCAGUGGCCGCACUGUCUUCUACCGUACUGUCUUGCACCUCCUCCUCCUCCCCCUCAAUCUCUGUCCAGGCUCCUCGAGUGGCUGUGGUCCCCACUCUGAUCGGGGUCAGUGCUUCUCUGUGCUCCCCACAAGGGCUGCUCCACUCCAGGCAGUCCUCUCCCGGGGCUGGCCGUCCACACCUGGCCUGCAAUAUCCCCACCCCACUGCCCGACAGACCCUCGCUGGCCUCUUUCUCCCCCUGCUCUAAGCAUGAGACCUUCCCGGUGGAGGAGAUCCUCAGUCCCAUCAGAGCAGAGAAGGAGCAGUCAGCCCAUCUGGAGGGUCAAGCAGAGAAGAAGACCCCAACCGAGGAGGAGUCCAGCCCUGCUAUCACUGCUCCUGCUGAGUCGGAGGAACAGCGCUGUGGUUCCAAGGAUGAGGACUCCCUUUGUGUCAGCGACGGGAUUGAGGAGGCUGGCUCCAAGGACCUGGUCCCCAGUCCCUUCCCUUGCACCUCCCUCUCCCCCCCGGACUCAGAGCCUCCAGUGAGUGUGCAGAGCUGUCACCUGGCUGCCCUGGAGCUGCAGAAUAGUCUGCACCGAGCCCUGGAGCUGUACCGAGCGGUCCGGGGCAGUGGCAGUGCCGCAGGGCAGUCUGGCUCACAGGAGAGAGAGAUGGCUGGGAUCCUGUGGGAGACGUUCUCCGCUGUGCGCUCGGAGCUGGAGUCUGUGGAGGGGGCUGAGCCGAGUAGGGGGGGCCGGGCUCUGAGGCUCUCAGGAGGUUGGGGAGAGGAGCGCACUCUGGCUCUGCUUGAACAGUACUCUGAGCUGCUGCUGAGAGCCGUUGAGAAGAGACUGGAGCACAGACCAUGACUGAGCACAGACAGACACGCACAGAGACAGAGAUACAGACACAGACAGACAAACACUCACACUCAGA